AUGGUUUUCCCAACUGAAAUUGUCGGUAAGAGAGUUAGAUACUUAGUCGGUGGUAACAAGAUCCAAAAGGUUUUGUUGUCUGCUAAGGAUGUUCAACAAAUCGAUUACAAAUUGGAAUCUUUCCAAGCUGUUUACAACAAAUUGACUGGUAAGCAAAUUGUUUUCGAAAUCCCAACUGAAACUCAUUAA